UUUUUAGAGAAAAUCCGGCCCUGUGCAGGCAGGAAGCUCUCUGAAAAUCUAAUGAAGAACUCAGCAGUCAUGCAGAGUUGUUAGUCUCAGAGCAACAUCAGUUAACAAAGCUUCUCUUCAGUGUCUCUAUGUGUGUUUUUGAUGACUGCAAAAGGCUAGACCUCUCCGACUUUUUGUUGUGGCGGCUCUAACUGUAGCCUGCUCUAUCUGAGCUGGACAGUGUCCAGUCAAAGAGCCUCUUUGCCCUGCCCUCAGGCCUCUUCAGCUUGUGGAUCUCCGUGCGGAGGAACGCCUCUUUGGUGGCUGUGACAGGGAGAAUUAGGCAAGAGAUGCGGGUUCACUUGCCCUGCGUAGGGGCUUAUCUUGGGCUAAGCUGAGGGACUAAUAGCAAAGCCAGCCUCCGCUCCAGCCGGUCUGAGGGCACAGGGAACCAUCUGUCCACUCUGUGGAUAGCUGACAACAAAGGGGGCAAACAUUGAACACGGACUACAAACUAAAAGGCCGUUCAUUUAGGUGAUACCAGAAAUACAGAAGAGGAGCAAGUAUUUUGUAUAUAAGGUGUGGAAUGGCGGCAGAGAGCUCUGUAUUUAUUGGUUUGUAGGGUUUACUUUAAAGUUUGGAAAACACAGAGAAUGUCUGACAAGGAAGAAAUGGCUUCAGAUGGGAGUCUGAAUGUUACACUGACGCUGAGGCUGCUGAUGCAUGGAAAGGAAGUUGGCAGCAUAAUUGGAAAGAAAGGAGAAACAGUAAAGAAAAUGAGGGAGGAGAGUGGUGCUCGUAUUAACAUAUCAGAGGGAUCAUCUCCCGAGAGGAUUGUCACCAUCACAGGACCCACAGAGGGCAUCUUCAGAGCUUUCUCCAUGAUCGCUCAGAAGUUUGAGGAGGAUAUUACCGCAGCAAUGACAAACAGCAACGUGACAAGCAAGCCACCUGUGACACUUCGUCUGGUUUUCCCAGGGAGCCAGUGUGGCUCACUGAUUGGCAAAGGAGGCUCAAAGAUCAAAGAGAUCAGAGAGACCACAGGCGCUCAGGUUCAGGUGGCAGGAGACAUGCUGCCGGACUCUACAGAGAGGGCUGUCACAAUCUCCGGCACUCCACAGGCCAUCACUCAGUGUGUAAGACACAUCUGCUCUGUCAUGCUGGAGUCUCCACCGAAAGGAGCGACUAUUCCCUACCGUCCCAAGGCCAUACCUGCUGGAGCCCAUGCAGUAUUAGCACCACAACACUCUGCACAAGCCUUUGCAAUUCCAGGGCAGUAUGCUUUUGCGCAUCAAGAUUUGACCAAGCUUCACCAGUUGGCUAUGCAGCAUAUCCCCCUCCCUUCCCUUGGGCAGAGCAACCCUACCUUCCCUGGAUUGGAUGCAUCUGCCCCCACAAGUUCACAAGAGCUGGCAAUACCUAAUGAUUUUAUUGGCUGCAUAAUUGGAAGACAAGGCAGCAAGAUCAAUGAGAUCCGCCAGGUCUCUGGAGCUCACAUCAAAAUUGCCAGCGCCACUGAUGGCUCAGCCAUGCGCCAAGUCACGAUCACAGGCUCGCCGGCCAGCAUCAGCGUCGCCCAGUACCUCAUCAACGCCAGCUUAGAGAUGGCUAAAUACACCAUGCAGGCCGCUUCCUCUGCGACCCCAGUUGACCUCAACAUGAGCUUCUCUCAGUCUGCUCCCACUGCCUCCACAGCUGCUACCUCUAUGGCCGUCCUGGCGGCCACCACCCCAGCCCCCACCAUUAACGUCCACUCUCCCUCCACCUUACAAACCAUCCAAAACCCACAUUACGCCGUCCCUGUUUCCAGCCUGCUUGGCAUGAAAACUCUCCCUCUCCUGGCUGUCCACCCAGCAGCCGCUUCCAGCCUAACUCAGGGUUUAUCCCCUUACACUGCAAAAAUGCCAACCUCUGGCAUCAAAAAAUCUGAGCGCCAGAAGUUCGCUCCUUAUUGAUGUCUGCUUUUUAAGUCUAGUCAGUGUGUCUGACUGCUAAGACAUUAUUAAAUGAUGAGAAAUUAUUUAAAAUUUAGCAUAAAGGCUUAAAAAUAGCUUACACCGGUGCGUGUAAGUUUUGUCCAUGUAGCACUUGUUUUCCAUAAAUCAGGAGAAUAUUGGAAACACACUGAAAGGAUGGUAGUAUCAAAACAUGUUCUCAUUAAUUAAAACAGGCAGCAGAGGUGCAUAUUAACUCAGUAUUAUCGGCAGACAUGCAUAACAAUUAAUGUGGGUAACUCAGGCUUGUAUUAGUAUCCUAGAAAAAACUAUUUUUUCAAAUGGAUUCAUGUUACAGAGCUUUAUAUGAAGACUUACUCCAGGAGAGGUAUCAUGCAUAUAUUUUCAUUCACAUGAUGCAAACAUUGCUGUAGUUUUCUAUCUGUGUCACUAGUUUACAAUCAUUCUUUGUUAGAUAACGCAAACUAGAAUCAUGAGACGUGGUGCUUUGUUGGCAGCAGGCUGUUAAAAUGUUUGUCUUGUACAGUAGAAGUCAGUGUGUCAGUAUUUUUUAACAAGGAUUGUCAACUUAACCUUUCCUUCACUAUAGGCUCUCAUCAGUGCUAACAGGCUUGGGUGUUCUGUAGUAGCGUUGCGCUGUUGCAGUUCUGAUGGGAUUAUCCUAAAGCCAGAUGGGAUUCUUGUGGAUUUCACUCUACACAUUAAUCCUGUAGAGCGGGACUGGCCUAACUAACUCAUUUAUUGUUUCUGUAUGAUAGCAUGUGUCUUGUUUAUUUUCCAACCUAAAUGACUGGAAUGCUUCAACUUUCAGCAUCUAAAAUGGACUCUGAGCAAUUAUUGUGAUAAAUGUUUUAUUCAUGUGUUUCUGGAGUGGGUCUCCCCCCAAACAAUGCAGAUUUGUAAUAUUUGUUGAUGAAAUGACUUUGAAAUAAAUGGAACUUUUUAUGAAUACAGA